AUGACAAUAUGCGACAGUUUCGAAGAUUUUAAAAAUUACACCGACAUCGAAAAUUUGAGCAAUCUGAUGAUAGGAUCCGAAAGUGGAAACACAACCAAGUCUUCAGUUAACUUAAUGAAAGUUCUUCACUUGGGAGACUACUACAAGUUGACGAAUUUGUACGUAAUAAAUGCGAUAAGUAGCUUGGAGCUGACCGUUGCCUUUCAAUGCACUUUCACGAACAGUCCUUUACAAUACGUGACUUUUUAUGGAAAUUUGAUGCCAAAUAUUGAAGCAUACCACUUUCCGGUGUUCGGUAUGAAAAAAUUUACUCUAGUCAAUAAUCAAAUCGAGACUAUCAAAGACGGAGCUUUCAAGUAUCACGAUAUUGAAAACAUGGACCUAUCGGACAACCUGAUGGAAAACAUUGAAGCUGGGGCUUUACCCCAAUCGUCACAAACAAAAAUUAUUACGAUUAGAAACAACAAAUUGACACAUAUUGAGGUUGGAAGCUUCCCUUCAACUUUAGAAUCCUUGAACCUGGACUGGAACAAAUUCAGACUCAUCCAAGAGGAGGUUUUCGCCAACGUCCUCAACCUGAAAGAGCUUACUUUAAGCCACAACAACUUCAACCAAAUCCCAAAAAUCAACUUCCUGACACAACUUGUGAUUUUCGACAUAUCCUUCAACGCAAUUUCCACAAUCCCAAGCAACGUUUUCAAGGACAUGACCAAGUUGAAGUUGCUGGAUUUGAGUAAUAACGAUAUUAAAAGCCCUGUUCUUCUGCAACAGUUGCAAAUUCCCGUCAAUCAGGAAGUGAUAAUUUCACUAGGUUUAAAUCGGUUGAGGUCGCUCAACUUGACCGGUGUUUCCUUAGAGGGAAAAACGCUAGUCCUGUAUGGAAAUCCCUGGGAUUGCGAUAUUUGGCCUGAACUUAAGGGCGAAUUAAGUGGACAUGAAAGUGAAUGUGAUUUGAAAUUUUUAUCGAGCGGAAACGUGCCAUUUUGUAUUAAUUAUCGGUCCGGUAGUUAUGCUUUUGUCGCCCUGUGGGAGAACGAUAUCGACCGAUUUCAUCAAACUGUUAGGAAGAGCGAGAAAAAUUCAGGCUGUGUUCUAAGGCCGGCAAGGAAUCUGUGGUUGUACGACAUUCAGGUUGGGUGCGUGGCUUAA